AUGAAUUUUAUUUAUUUAUUUUUUAUUAUAUAUUUUAACAAAAUAAUUACUAUACUAACAUAUCCAAAAUUAUCUAGUAAUUUUUUAACAAUUACAGUAAAAACAACAUCAAAAAAUUAUAAUACAAGAAUUCAGGAUAUUUUAGAUACAUGGUUUAGAAAAUUACCUAACAAUAUUUGGUUUGUAUCAGAUUAUGAUGAUGAAGAUAUAUCAAAUGUUUCUGGAAAUCAUUUGAUUUCAACAGAAUGUGGAAGACAACAUAAAAUAACAGAUCUUGUAUGUAAAAUGCAAAAAGAAUUAGAAGUUUUUGCUUUUCAUAAUUCACUUUGGUCAUGUCAUUUUGAUGAUGAUAAUUAUGUUAAUAUAGAUCAAUUGAUAAAAUUUCUCCAAACAUUCAAUUCAAAUUUACCAUAUUUUUUUGGAAAAAGAAGUAUUAAAAAUCCUUUAUAUAUAAAUAAUUUUAAUUUAAAAUAUGCUACCGGUGGAGCUGGGUUUUGUAUAAGUAAUGCCAUUUUGUCAACUAUAAAAAAUGACAUUAAAAAUGGAAAUUACUUGGAAACGGCAUUAAAUAAUAGACUACCAGAUGAUAUGGCUUUCUCAUAUUUUAUAGAAUAUAACUAUAACUUUCCACUAACUGUUGUAUCUAAUUUCCAUUCUCACUUAGAGAUAUCAUCUGAAAUUUUGGAUCCAAGCAAUGAAAUAUCACUUUCAUUUAAUAAUAUCCAAACUGAUAAUCAAAAAUUUAAAUUUAUCAUACCUGAUUAUUGUAUUUAUCAAGAUGAUGAAAGAUUAAUGAAAACUAUUCAUUGCCUUAUUGAAAAGAAUAACCAAAAUAUGAAGUAUUAA